UGUUGGGGGGGGGGAAGGAAAGCAAUAGGUAGAGGAGAUGUUUUGAGAAGGAAGCCUUGGGUUCCAUCAUCUUCGGCUGUUAAAAUGGUGGACUCUGGAUAGCUGUUUGGCUGGUGAAGGGGAAGAAAGGAACAGAGUGGGACUUGGGGGGGGGAAGGCGUUUGACAGUUACAUGAGGAAACUGACCACGGCAAAAGUUUGUCUAUGGAUGGCUGUCUUUUUUUCUUUCCAGUCCGGGGAGGAGGAGGAGGGGUUAUAUGUAAGGGUAGGUGUGGAUCAGAAGCAGCAAAUCCCAGAAAAGAAAAAGACGUCCCUCAAAAGGUAGCUGGAGGGGAGAAAGGGAAAGACUGCUCGUGUGAGGUGACAGGGUGUGUGAAAAUGUGGGAAGGGGAAAACGCCGAGGGGGGAGGGGAGAAGAGGCAGGGCUCCGCGUAGAGCGCGAGGUGGGUGUGUAUGUGUGUAAGGGGAGGGGGGGAGAGAAAGGAAGAACGCCUUGUGUGCAUGUGUUUGUGUGCGUGAGAGAGAGAGGGAGAGAGGAAGAGCGGGAGGGAGGUGGAACAGGCUGCAGCGUUGAGUGCAGUGGUGGAGAAAAGGAGGACUAAGCGAAGUGGAGCCGCCUCAUACUGAGCGAAAAUGCAUCGUACCACUCGCAUCAAAAUCACCGAGCUAAACCCCCAUCUCAUGUGCGUGAUCUGCGGAGGGUACUUCAUUGAUGCAACCACCAUCAUCGAGUGCCUGCACUCUUUCUGCAAGACGUGUAUUGUGCACUACUUGGAGACGAGCAAGUAUUGCCCUAUUUGUGAUGUCCAAGUUCAUAAAACCAGGCCACUUCUGAAUAUAAGAUCUGAUAAAACUCUCCAAGACAUUGUGUACAAAUUAGUACCAGGCCUUUUCAAAAAUGAAAUGAAAAGGAGAAGAGACUUUUAUGCUGCUCAUCCUUCUGCUGAUGCUGCCAAUGGCUCUAAUGAAGACAGGGGAGAAGUUGCAGAUGAAGAUAAAAGAAUUAUAACAGAUGAUGAAAUAAUAAGUUUGUCCAUUGAGUUCUUUGACCAAAAUAGACUUGAACGGAAAGGAAAUAAAGAGAAAGAGAAAUCCAAAGAGGAGGUGAAUGACAAAAGAUACUUACGCUGCCCUGCAGCAAUGACUGUUAUGCACUUGCGAAAAUUUCUUCGGAGCAAGAUGGACAUACCCAAUACUUUCCAGAUUGAUGUCAUGUAUGAAGAGGAGCCCUUGAAGGACUAUUACACUCUCAUGGAUAUUGCUCAUAUUUACACCUGGAGACGGAAUGGCCCCCUCCCUUUGAAGUACCGGGUACGACCAACUUGCAAAAGGAUGAAGAUUGGCGGGCACCAGCGAGAUGGCUUAAACAAUAGCGGAGACCUGGAAAGUGACUCUGGGAGUGAGAAGGCCAGCAGCCCUGCUGGAGGCACUGCUUCCACUUCAUCUUGUUUGCUCAGCCCCAGCACACCAGUGCAGUCUCCACACCCCCAAUUCCCCCAUAUCUCCAGCACUAUGAACGGAACCGGUGGCAGUCCCAAUAGUAACCACCACUCAUCCUUCACCAGCAGAGCCCGCAAAGCCUCCAUAAAUGGCUCCUCUGCGACUUCCUCUGGCUGACAGAUGGCAUAAUCUCUCCUGGACUUGAAAGUCCCACCAUUUCUCUACCGUUCUCUUUCCUGUUCUUCUGUCUCUUUUUGCUCCAUGCCAUUAAGCUUUAUAGAUGCUAAUCCUAUUCGUGAUUAUCGUCCGAAUUGCUUUAAAGAAAAGACUUUCCAGAGACACUUUGGAUAUUAAAACAAUGGGACUUGUGGAAUGAACAUGGAUAUUAAGACUGUGGGACUUUGGGAAUGAACAUUUCAUAUGGAACUGAAAAAAUAUCAAGCUGUUUCUUAAGGACUAGCAACGUGAAGCAAGGUAUAUACCCUGAUAGACUGGGGAAGAAGAGGGGUGUUUUUCUGUUAGUCACCCUCAAUCUAUUUCCUGGUUUGGACUCGGGAUUGUCCAGAAACAUAUCAAUAAUGGGAUAUAGUUUUGCUAAUCAAGACUAACUUCCUUCAUUUACACUAUCUUGGAUUGUUAACAAUUAUUUCACUGUGUUGUGAACUUUUAGGAAAGAAAGCAAGUAGAAGGCAAGUGGAUUUUCCUUUCUCACCUUGAGAUUUGUCAACACAACCAGAUUAAAUAUGCAUAGGACUAUGCAUAUAGAAGCCAUGCCACUGUGAAUAACAAAUUUUUUUGCUUUAUUUGCAAUUCUGAUUUUUUUUCCUGGUGCAUUCAUAACUACUCCACUGCAGUGCAGAGGGAUAUAAAGAUGGGAAGAGGAAGGUGGGAUGACAGAAGAGCAGGGAAAAAUACAUGUACACUUUUUACAACAUGUAUAUCUGGAAGCGGGUUUUACCGUCUAGUUUAAAGAAACAGAGAAAACCUUUUUUGUAAGAAUCAGAUGGCAUUUUUCAAUGUUUCUUUAGGAAUGCCAUAUUGGUAUAUGAUGAAACAGGAGGCAGUAUUGUAUGAUAUAUUUAUAAAUACUAUAAAGGAAAUCUACAUGUUUUACACACUUGAUGGUCAAAUUUCCAGGUUGGUUCAACCCUUGCAGGUGCCUAUUGCUAGGAUCCUUUUUUAGGUAGCAACUAUCAGCUGAUUUUUCCCCCCAGUAAAGGCUGUAGGGUUGAAGAAGCUCAACUCUCCAUUAACUCAGAAGCAGUUGGCAGUCUCGAAGGAAUUUUGCCAGCUUUGCCUUCUUCCCAUGUAGUAUAUUAUUUUUUACUUUUACACAGUGUGAUUGUUUUAAUAAAACAGGGUGGGUGGGGGAGGGGACUGGAGUUGUAGACAAUGGAGGAACAGAGCUGCAAUUAGACUCUUUCAUUUGUUUUAUUAUUUGGUGUGAUGGAUUUGUGGGCUUUUUUCCCUUUAAAAAAAAGCACAGGAAAUCAUAUAAGAAGCCAUAAAAUAUGCAGAAGCCUCUUUCACUCAUUCUUAACAAAUCAAUAAGCCAAUGGAUGAAGGUUUUUAAUCAAAAUUUGUUUUAAUAUAUAUGUAUGUAUGUAUAUGGUACAAUACUAACUUGGUUAAAGAUUAAUAGGUACUUUGGUAUCUUCAAUAAGCUGUGGGGAGUCCCUUCUGCAAAACAGGCUUCUGAGGGCACAUCAAGUUUGAAAAAAGAAGGAAGCUGUUUAGAAAUGUCAGUGCCCUUAAGAGCCCCCAAUACUUUUCAGUUUGUGCUUUGCUUUGGUCAAACUUUGUGUGUGUGUGUGUGCGUGUGUUAUUCUUCACUCAUCAGUUACACAUUUGUGAGGUUGUCUGUCCUAUAUGAGGAUUGUUUCAUGUUUGUAUGGGAAAACUUUAGCUGAAUAUUUCAUUGUCUCCAGUCUGCAAAAGAAGCACAAAUCUAUUGCUUUGUCUUGCUUACAGUCAUUAAAUCAUUACUUUUGCAUAAA